UCUUUUCUCAGUCCUCUCUCUUUCUCUCUCUCCCGUACGCGGCAGUGAGGCGCCGCAUCGCCUCGCCGCGCGGUGGCGGCCGGCCCGGCCGGCGAGCUCCGCGCUCUCCCUUGCGGCGGCCCCGGACGGGCUCCUCCCGGCUUUCGGGAGUGGCGCUAUAGUAGCAGAUUUCUCCUCCUGUUUCGUCUCCUGUUUCGUCUCCCGUCUCGUCUCCUCCCGCCUUCGCCCGCCGCCUGCGCCGAUCUCCGGUGAGUACGGGCGCUGUCGUCCUGCAUCCUCACCGGUGGACCGUGGACAUGCACAUUACGAAUGUCAGGGUUUAAUCGGAUGGGUUCUGAUGGCAAUUUUGGCAAAGGUCCACGUGAGCUCACUGGUGCCGUCGACUUAAUUAGCCGUUACAAGCUACUGAACCAUCAUAGUUUCUUUUGCAAGAAACCUUUGCCGCUGGCAAUUUCCGACACAAAUUAUCUUCACAAUGUUGUGGGCGACACAGAAAUUCGUAAAGGGGAAGGAAUGGAGCUCGAUCAACUCUUUCAGGAUGCAUACUUAAGGGAGAAAACUUCUUACAUUCAACCCUUUGACAUGGAAACUCUUGGACAAGCAUUUCAGCUGCGAGAGACAGCACCAAUAGAUUUGCCUUCUGCUGAAAAAGGUACACCAACUAUAUCGGGAAAAUCAAAGAUCAAGUCCAAAGACAAAGUAAAGAAGCACAAAAGGCACAAGGAUAAAGACAAGGACAAGUACAAGGAUCAGAAGAAGCACAAACAUCGCCAUAAAGAUCGGAGUAAAGAUAAAGAAAAAGAAAAGGAAAAGGAAAAAGAAAAGAAGAAGGAUAAGAGUGUGCAUCAUGAUUCAGGAGGUGAUCGCUCCAAAAAACAUCAUGAAAAGAAGAGGAAGCAUGAGGGAGUGGAAGAUUUGGCAAGUGGGCAUAACCACAAGAAAAUACAAAAGCGCAAAAAUCAAUGAAAUGAGCAAUGGGUUUUAUUAGCUUCCAUGCAAGACAUGACAAGUUUGUUUCUGAUUAGCUCUUGUAAGUUGACUCCAUGUUGAAUGCUGUCUAAGGGUAACUUUGAAAUUCUUGCUGGGCAAUACCACUUCCCAAAGGCAUUUGUCUGUCCAAGUUUCUGUCCAGUCCUCCACCUAGGAAACUGCAUGCAACAAUGUAGAUUACUUCUACAAUGCCAUAAAUUUGUGUGAACAGACCAGAAUCUGAGUUCAUGUGAUGGUUUCUAAUCAGUCAGUUGUGGCUUAUUAUACCCUAAUCAAAUAUUAGAAUCAGAAUGUACUUUAUUUCAUGCAGCUCCCUGUCUGUACUCUAUACUGUUACAUAGAGUGAUUAGUGUAGUAAACGUUGUUUCCAGAAAAUUGAGAAUAUUCUUCAUUCUAUGAAUUUCUGUUGACUGAAAACAAUCUCCACAGUGGAGUUACGAUAUGUGUGUUGAAUUAGUAUGGGGCAAAUGGCAUGUACAAACUUCCAGAACUUUACGAAGGGGUAUUGUUUGGCAUUUUGAUCCUCUGUUUACAAGAAUAUCUGUAACACAUCUUUAGACUUUUAAAGGAUCUGUUGCAAAGUCCACAAUGUCCUUUCUGAUUUUUGUAGAUUGUAAGCUGUUGCAACCACCAUCACUGAAAACAAUACAAUCAACUUAUGGAGAUACAUUAUCAAUUUAGAGCAUGCUUAUUCAUCUUGUAAUUGAGAAAUCACAAAUUUUGU